GUUUCCAGGCAAACAGAAUCAAACCUGAGCGCCGUCUCUGAACUAGGAUAAAUAAUCAAUUAUCGAUGCAUCAAUUCAUCAUCGCAUGAAUGUCAGACGCCACCAAGCAAAUAAUGGCACAGAAGAGGUAGACAGACGGACGAUAACCGAUUAUAUUGUGAGUGCUAAAAUCGCAUCUGGAGCUGUUGUGUGUGUUGAAAGCGAAAUAAGAGGAGAUGUGACUAUUGGUGCAAGAACAGUUGUGCACCCCAAAGCGCGGAUCAUAGCAGAGGCAGGGCCUAUUAUCAUUGGAGAGGGGAAUGUAAUAGAGGAACAGGCACUUAUUAUUAACAGUUAUCCGGAGAAUAUAAUGCCAGACACAGAGGGAGUUGAGCCAAAGACCAUGACAAUUGGGACCAAUAAUGUGUUUGAAGUUGGAUGUGUCUGUCAAGCUUUAAAAAUUGGAGACAAAAAUGUGAUUGAGUCCAAAGCUGAUCUUGGGAGAAAUGUGAUCCUGAGUAGUGGCUGCAUCAUCGGCGCCUGCUGCAACAUCAACAGCUGUGAGGUUGUGCCGGAGAACACGGUUGUGUAUGGCUCGAACUGCAUCAGGCGUGUGCAGAGUGAAAAGCCACAGACUCUGCAGCUUGACUUUCUCAUGAAGAUCCUCCCCAACUACCACCACCUGAAGAAGACGGUUAAGGGAAGCGACACGCCUGUGAGAAGCUAACUUGGAUCCAGAGGAGUAAAACCUCCUGCAACCCAAAGCACCCACACACGCAGACAUCAGAAGCUCAACAUGCACCUGUGGCUACUUUAAUGUUGCUCCCUUAUGUUUCAUGGAUGACCUUUAACACUGAAAAUGCACACACUGGCGAAAACAACAUUCCUCCAGUUUUCCAGUUUAACAUCAAUGUUAUGACUAUUUCUAGUAUAUUUUGGACCUUAUAGGAUAAAUUUACUGUGCCAUUUUUAUGUUAACCGGUUAUCCUGAGCCAUGUUUUUAAUUGUUCCCAGGCUGUAGUCUAUGUUUCUAUAUAUAUUGUGACCACUAGGAGGCACUGUUGAUCGGCUUUUUGUGCUAUCUGCUCUGAAGGCUUUGUUUCAUCAGGCGAUACAAAAUAUCCAGUUAAAAUGCUAUUUAUUAAUAAUACAGCUACAAA